UUUUUAAUUUUCAAAUUUCACGCUUUCAUCUCUCUCUCUCUCUCUUUCUCUCUCUCGAAGCUUUUCCAAAUUUCAGAUUCAGCUGUAGAGGAAGCCAUUAAAACGUUACUUCGUCCUCCUCUUCAACCCCACCAAUCGUGAACUCCAGAUCCUCAAGAACUGAAGCAAGACAAAGAUAACAAUGCCGGAAUCAAGAGACAGGUUAAUCAGACCGGACCCCACAGCGUCGUUAUUUGUUCGUCGCCGAUCGGCUGCGGAUCCGCUCGAUAUGGAACAAGGGGGGAGGCUGUUUGGUUCUCCUGCAAGAAUCAGCAACGGCGAUGGACGGGUCUUGUUUGGCUCCCCUUUAAGAUUCGGUGACGGAGGUGCAGCAAACUUGUUCGGCUCGCCUUCAAGACUGGGUAGUUCCGAUGGUCGAGACUUCAUCGGUUUUCCAAUUUCCCGGGGAACUGCGAGGUUGGAUGCUUUACCGGAACGCACGGCAAGGGUGGGAGCUACAGUGGUUUCACGGGGCGUCAAUAUUGGAAGGGCGGCUUAUGGUACUCCAAGGUCGGCAAAUGGGCGUGGCCGGAUUUCACACAGGUCUCCGUUGUUGGGGCGACAGAAUACUCCGGCGGCGAGAAGUGGCCGAAGCCGAGGACGUGCUGCAACCACUCCUCUGCCUUCUUGGUGCCCCAGGAGGCCUCUUCGCGACAUUACUUCUAUUAUACGGGCUGUCGAAAGGAGAAAUGCUCGCCUGAGAGAGGCUGAAAGCCAACGACUUAUCAGCCCUUCACCACAGGAGUUGAAUAUUCAUGACUCUAACCUACCUGUUUCAUGUUCUCCCCUCGAGCAUAGCCUCUCUGUUCUCUCUCCAAAUCAAGUUGCUAAUAAGGCUUGCCCACCACCUGUCGGCUAUCUGGCCAAAUCUUUGCUUGGUAUUGAUAAUCAGGUUGCUGGAGGAUCUGAUGUCCUGACCCCACAGAAGAAACUCUUGAACUCAAUAGACCAAGUUGAGAAGGUCGUGAUGGAAGAAUUCCGGAGACUAAAGAGGACACCCACUGCUAAGAAGGCAGAGAGAGAAAACAAAGUUCGCACCUUGAUGGCGAUGCGUUGAUUGAAAGUUGAAACGGUUCAUUUUGGUUUAACACAGAAAGAAGUGGAUAACUGAAGGAAUGAGAAAGUAAUGGAAAAGUAGACUGAACGGCACUACCUGGGAUAUGAUAAAUCAUCCACUGAUGAUUCUUUCUCACAUUUGAAGCUGCUUAGACAGAAAUAGCUUAGUUUUCUGUUUUUGUUUCUGCAUUUUAAUGGUUCCUGCUGAAGGUCUUGGUUUAGGAUUAAUAGGUAGUUUUUUAGAUGUUAAUGCCAUUUGCUGAAGGUCUAGUAGGACUAGUAGGCAUGUUUUGCGAGAAUGUAAAUAGAAAGUUGUCUAUUCAUUACUUCAAAAUGUCUAAGCCCAUGAAUGAUUUCUUCCCAAAUACAAUAAAUGCAUUUCGUUGUAUUGUGUUCGUC